AAAUAACGAGCAUCAUCAUUAUAACUUAUAAGCAUCGAUGAUUUUUUUUCAGUUUAACACGGUCACCACAAACGUAUGGUCGAACUCAGUUUUAUUCUCAAGUAACGAGUUGAAUAAAAAAUAUGUUGGUGAUCCGUUGCAGUAAAAAAUUUGUUUACACACAGGUGCAGUGCAAAUAGAAAAGGAACACAGCUGAAGUAUGGUCGCCCGGAAAAGAAUGUAUAACAUGUUACCAACGACCGUUUUGUUCGCCAUCAUAGCGGCGACCGUCUUAAAGGAUUGCGACGCUUACUUGAGUGAAGCGGCCAUCAAAAAAACACAACAGAUGUUGAAAACCGUAUGCUCCAAGAAACAUUCGGUCGAAGAGGACGUAUUUACGAACAUCAAAAAAGGAAUAUUUCCAGAGGACAACAACAAUAUAAAAUGUUACUUUGCCUGUAAUUUCAAAACUAUGCAAUUGAUCAAUCAAAAGGGAGUCAUCGAUAAAAAAAUGUUCAAAGACAAGAUGUCGAUGAUGGCACCACCGAACGUAUACAAAAUUUUGUUACCAGUUAUAGAACAGUGUACUGGAAAAGAUAAAGGUGAAGAACUCUGUCAGUCUUCGUACAACGUCAUAAAGUGCGCGCACUCUGUUGAUCCCAAAAGUUUAGAGUUUCUACCACUCUAGACGUCGUCACCUUCAAUCAGCAGUUGAUAGAUCCCGGGUACAAAGAAACAUUAAGAUUUAUCGUCUGAAGUGUUUUUUUAUUGAUAAUAAUUUGAUUUAUAUUGUAGAACAUAUUUUUGUGUGUAUUAAAAAUUCAAAUGCACGUUACAA